UGCAGCCUUUAAAGCUGCAGUGGUGGGACCCCUCUUGAAUCGGAGCAAUUUAGAAUUUAAGGACAUUUACUGGACAAUAUCUAACCUAAGAUUUUUAAGCAAGAUUUUAGCAAAACCUGACUUUUUAGCAAACUACAAUAUGAUAUUCUUGAAAAGUAUUAGUCUGUUCUUUAGGGCGAACCACAGCACCAAGACUGAGCCAGCGCUGACAACAUAACAAACACGUGUGCUCUCUACAAGUGGGUCUUCUUCAUAGAGGCAACCAACCAGAGGAAAGUGGGCGGUCUUAGCCAAAUAUGGACAAAGUGGAUGCAAAACUGGGUCAAACAGAAGUAGCUGUCAGAAGGGCCUUUUCUGGACACUCGUAUGACAAAAGAAAGGUUUUUUUUUAAGGAAAUUGACACUUUUAUACUAAGUCCAUGUUAGAGAGUCACUCUAUGGAGGUCUCAAUAGCCAAAAUAAGGGACAUUUAAGGUUCUCUGACAGUUUUUUAAGAGUCUUAAUUGUCUUGGGCGUUCUUAACUUUCCGAGUUGCUGUUAUCCUUUUAAGUGUGAGUGUGUUUCUGUGUGGACGAGUGAUAGUAGUGGGUUGAUUUUAACCAUGUAAAGCACUUUAUGUUCCAUUUGUUGUUUGAAAAGCACUUUAUAACUAUACAGUUUGUUUGAUUGAGUGAUUGAUUGAGGGAUGGAUGGAUGGGGCAUUAAUUGAAUGAUUGAUUGAUUAAAUACUUUCCACACAGUUAUUAAAGGUGUUAAACAACUUGACCCUUGAAGAGAAUUUUAUUUCCUAUAGGUUCGACUGUACUGUAUAUUUAGCUCUUUUUUUUUUCAAAAAUGUUUGGCUCCUCAAAAAAAUUAAAAAAAUUAAAACAUUUGCAAGAAACAUGAAGAAGACACACUUGAUUUGCUUAAGUGGACCAGAUAAAAGGUUGUGAUCGGCCGGAUCUGGCCCUCUGGCCUUGAGUUUGAUGCUCGUGCUUUUAAGGAGCCUGCAUGGUUGCCAUGAUGUCAUCACCGUUACAGUUGCUCAGUGAAAAAUAAUAACACUCCCCCAAAUAAUGUAACCUAUUAGUGGGAAAACAGCGUUCCCAAAUAAUUCCUUGACACAAGGCGCAACAUAGUAAACAGCAUAAUCGAUGGCGCUUGUUUGUUUUAUAUUAAUGCUGGACCUCUGCUCGGAGUCUCCCUCCCUCUCUCUCUUCCUCCCCCUCCCGCCUGUUUUCCUCCUCCUCUCUUUAGCGCACGAGGCUCUCUCACCACAUUUCUCACUGCGCUCUCAUCCUCGGUGCUGCAUGUGUCUCUGGUGCGUUAAGAGCGCGCCGAUGGAUGCGUAAAGCGCAGCACUCUUUGAGUGGGGGGGGGGAGGGGGGGGAGGGAACCAUCUUUCUGAUAAAACACACAGAGCAACUAGUGCUUUGAAUCUCGCAUGGUUUUAGAUGAUGUUAGUAAAGAUGUUCAUCAGCUCGGAUGAAGGUGCUCUGCUGUUUGGGUGUAUGUUUCUGGACUUUUCAGCGUGGCAUGACCGCCUGCCGUCUUCGAGUCUCGGCGUUUCAGCGUGAAGUUCAACGGAGGAGGAAGCUACCAUGAGAGGCGACUCCUUUCUCCUCGGCUUCCUGCUGCUCAAAGUUACCGCUCUGGUGUGCAAGGCUGACGGGGAGCCGGGCUUGCUCGGGGGCUUCGUGAUGAUCGCCACCUCCAACGGCUCCAGGGAGGAGGAGACCGUUUCCGAGGAGACCCCGCACACUGAAGACAAAUGCCGGGGCUACUACGAUGUGAUGGGCCAGUGGGACCCUCCGUUUAUUUGCAAAACGGGCAAUUAUUUGUACUGCUGUGGCACCUGUGGCUUUCGCUUCUGCUGCUCCUACAAACACUCUCGACUGGAUCAGAGCACCUGUAAAAACUAUGACACCCCACUGUGGAUGAAGACCGGCCAGACUCCGUAUAAGAAAAUGAACAAGAUGCACGACAGCACCAAAGACAAGACCAACUUAAUAGUUUACAUCAUAUGUGGAGUUGUGGCCAUUAUGGCGCUUGUGGGGAUUUUCACCAAAUUGGGUCUCGAAAAGGCGCACCGUCCUCAAAGAGAGAACAUGUACAGGGCGGUGGCCAAUGUGCUCCAGGGCGGGUGUCCAGGUGAGCAGUAUCGGGGAGAGGAGGCCCAAGGCAUGCAUUCCAAUCACUAUGUUUCCAGGCCUGCGAACCUCCAGGGUCCUCAGAUUAACAACAAUGUGGGCCCAGUGUCAAACAUGGUCCAACAGCACCCGUAUCCUGCCCUCAGCCAGUUGGCUCAUGCGUACGAACAUCAGCAGCAGCAGCAGCAGCAACAACAACAACAACAGCAGCAGCAGCAGCAGCAGCAGCAACAACAGCAGCAGCAGCAGCAGCAGCAACAACAACAGCAGCAACAACAGCUACAGCUACAGCUACAGCAACAGCAACUGCACCUGCAGCAGCAAAACAAGGAUUUCAACAAAUAUGCCUCCCUGAAAGCUGUGGCUGCCAAAUACAAUGGUGAUCUGUACAACAAGCACAGGCUGAUGGUGGAGCUACCGACAAAAGGCGGUCUUCCGCUCCAACCCAUGGGCAACUCCCGACCCUCCAUGGGCAACAUGUCAUCGAUGACCACCAACCCGAUCGCUUCGAACCACAUGGCAUCCCACUCCAUGAACCAGAUGACCUCCAUGACCCCUAUGUCGUCAAUGACACCCAUGACUGCUAUGAUGACCAUGACUUCCCUCGCCCCAAUGACUCCUAUGACCUCAUUGGGGCCGCUGACCCCAGAGCCGGUGGCAACUUAUGUUACUGAGAUGCCCAGAAUCUCUUCCGUGUCAACCGUCCCAACAGACCGGCGCGGAGCUGGAGUAGUGUCAUUAAAGCCAAAUGGCCAGAAACCUAAAACCAACCACGGCCACGUCGCCCACGGCUCCCACAGUGCCCUCACUCACCUUCACAGCCACAGUAGCAAGCCACCAGGACUGGGGACUACCUCCCUGGCACACAUGGCAGGUACUAUGCCUGGGGGCACAUCCCUGGGAAUCUCCAUGGUCGCCGAAACCCCCAUCGGCUCCAGCUUUGCGACAAUGGGUCGGCCAUUGGCGUACAGUUCUAAUACCAUCUCGUCUGGGCAUACAGUGGGUAUGGGGUUAAGGGGUUGGGAAGGGACAGAGACAGUGGGCCGGAGGAAGACCUACGGGCACAAGAGGCCUCAGUGUACGGUGCUGGAGCCCAACCAGCUUCAUGUCACCAGAGGCCACAGCCACAGCCAACACUUCCUCCCCACACAGCCCUACUUUGUGACCAACAGCAAGACAGAGGUGACUGUGUGAGUCAGCAUAUAAGGACGAGGUAUGAAGAAUGCAUGUGGAAUGGUGACAAGUAAUUUCCGAGUGGAGACACCAACACCAGAGUUGGCCAAAAGGUGCAGGUCUGUUUGUUUGUGCGAAGAAGCUGAGGCUCGUUAAUACUGGUAAAAGAUUUCUACACAUUUGUGAUGCGAUAGUCUGGUCCGUCACAUUUUACAUAUAGAGAGUCCAUCAUUAAAAUCACUGAACAGAUUGCUGAUGUUUGUCAGAUGUUAGUGGUUAAGUUGGUGACAUCAGCAACCAUAACAAUACCACUGAAUUGUAUCUUUCAUGUCGCUACACAAGCAUUACAAAGUAAAUGGAAACCUGCUGCUAAAGAAAUUAAUGGGAAGCAAGCCCAAGGCAAGGAUCUGAUGACAGCACCCUGGCAUUGCCAAGUCACAACGAGAGUCACAGCGUCUGCUAGACUAGCAUGGUUGAACUGAACAACAUUCCAGUAUGUUUAACCGCCAGAAUCUCUUGAUGGGUUCAAAACCGACACAUGACAAGGCUCUGGGCUUUGGACUGCAGGCAAAGCAGGUUUUGUACUGAGGCCAUUCGCAAGCCUCUUCAUAAGCUUCACAGCUGAAGGUCACCCUUCUCAAACAAAGCUCCAGCACCGAUAAUGUUGGGCUGAGUAGGAUUGUUGCUGUUCAGCCUUCAUCUGCAUGCUGACAGCUGGCCCAGACGUGGGGCAGAGAGGCGGCAUCCGGAUGCUGCUGCAGCAUCAUUCUUCCAUAGUCACACUCAAGUGCACAUAUUCACAUACACGUGCAGGCAUAUGAUUGGGGCAAACACAGAGCAUACAGUAGAAAUGUCAAUCACCUCGGCUUUUACAAAUCAUGUACUGCUUUGUUGUAUUUGUUUGCUUAUGUGAUCUGUGCAUAUUGAAUUGAAUUUCUAGUGGAACACAGAAAUAUGGAAAUUAAAAGGUACAUAUAUGAGGGGUAAGUAACUCUUAAAACUCAAUUCCAAUCAGAAAUGCACAGAUGAAAAGUUGUCAGAAUGGGGCCUUCACUAAACUGGGACUGGACAUAACAAUUUUUAGAUGUUAAUCAAAAUGUUUUUAAAAAACAGUAUAUGUUCAGGACGGUAUAUGAGAUACAUAACCCUUCCUAUAAAUAUAUAUUUAUUCAAAUAUCCCUAACUCUGUAUUUUAGUUGAGCAAGAACCAUAAAAAUGAGUGUGGAAAUGGUUUCUUAUUUUUUCUCGUUUUAAGGAACGAACGCUUGAAAUUACGCUUUAUUAGAUCACUUGUACUCCAGCUAAAACAUCACACCCUGCUGGGGGGAAAUAUUACGUAUUCGACUCAAACACCAAAAUAAAUUCCAUAUCUGAAAAAAAAUAGGUCCGAUCAUUGGAGCGCUUCUGUGAAGCCAUUUGCUUUUUUUUUUUUUUGUAAUGAUGCAAGCCGCAUUAGCUUUCAACAUCCACCAUUAUUAUCUUAACCCUGUAAUCAAAUCGCUUCAACCUGUAACACCCCUUUUCGCUUGCAUUUAAAGGGACCACAAUGAAACAAUACUAUUAGUAGAAUUAAGGUUGUGCUGGUAGUGGACAUCCAGUCAGUUUGAACAUUCAUCACACAUGUACACACAUUAAAAAAAAAAAAAAAAGCUGAGUGCCAAAUUUAGCACUGGCUAUAUAGUGCCAAUCUUUUCUACGAUUGUCUACUAAAUCUUCGUGAGAAGGUGCAGUUUUAAUUUUCUUUUUUAAAUUCUUUUUUUUUUUUCCAUGUAUCCCCAAUGAAUCGGAUGCCUUUGCAGAUACGUGGAGAUAGGAUUGGCCACUGAGAAGAGAUUACACUGGAAGGUGCUUAAUGAUUGUUUAUAAGUAUUUAUUAUUGUGGCUGCGCUCAUUUUCACUCACUAUUUAAGUGUACUUACGUCUCGCUGAAGAAUUCAGCUCUAAAUCGCAUACAUGUGACUACUUAUUUUAUUUUCCUUCUCAGAUUUUCUAUUCAGGUCGUUUUGAGAAAUAACAUAAAAGAAGGUCACUGUUUGCUUUGGAUGUUAUCUCAACCAAUUGACUUAAUCCAGCAAGCCGGAAAUGUGGAACUAUGCUUACCAACUGUGAUUGCUCCACCAUGAAAGCUCAUCCAGUUGUGCAGAAGGAGCCACUGGAAUAAUUGUGAAGCGGGUAGAGCAGUGGAAGCAAUUGGUUCAAAAACUUAAAAGAAAAGUAUCCCUUACCUUUAUCAAAAAGCAAAAACCUAAAAAACAAGCAGGGCAGCUGGAAUUGCUUGCACUGACGGGUCGCGGUUGAUAGGGUCAUGGCCACAGAUCAAUGGGUUCAGGACGCAGUCAUGUUUGAAAUUCUCCCCUCAGACAGAUCAAACAAAACAAAAAAAUGUCAUAGAAUGAUACAGGUUUACGACACAAUGUGCUCCCUAAAAAUGUCAUUCCGAAUAGGCAUGCGGGCUAUUACAAUAUGAGAUGUUCACUUUUUAGACAAAAUUCUAACACAAACAUUCAAAUUCAUUAUACCCUUUUAUUUGACAUUGUCUUGCUUUUAUUUAGGAGGAUUUCUACCUCAGAGAUGACUCUUCUAUUUAACAUUCCUAUUCAAAAUAGCUUUUCUCCAGGCGGCACAGUGUAUUAGUGGUUAGCAUACCCGCGUCACAGUUCUGGAGUUUCUGGAUUGUAAUCUGAACUCCGGCCUUCCUGUAUGUAGUUUGCAUGUUUACACCUUGCUUAGAUGAGUUUUCUCUGGCUUCCUCCGAACAUUCUGAAAACAUGCAUGUUAGGUUCAUUGUGGACUCUAAAUUGUCCUUACGUGUGAAUGGUUGUUUGCCUACAUGUGCCAGGGUGUAUGUACCCCCCCCUCUACGUCAGCAGGGAUAGUUCCAGUUCACUCGUGACCCUAAUGAGUAUAAGUGAUAUAGAAAAUGGAUGGAUGGAUAGUUAUCUCUCUUUUGUGAUCUUAUACAUUGGUACAUUCCGUUCCAGGAGGCUUGUCGACCUCCUACUUGUUCAGAUUUACAAUCAGUUUCCCCCCUUAAGAAUACAGGAAGCAGAAAGAGGGGUCAUCCGUUUCGGACGGGGCAGAUACAUCACUUUUCCAGUUUCCAAUCAACACUUCAGGAACUAGUUUAAAGGUAAUACUUUGGACUAUAACUAACAAAAGGACAAUGUAAUAAAACCAGUUGUUAGUUACAGUAUGUUAUCAGUAUACUCUAAAGUUCACUUCAAACUACAUUGAGAGAACUGUCUUGGUACAGUAAACCUUUUUUUUAAAUUGCUAUUACUAUGAAAAUAGAAAGGCUGCUCUCACUCUAGGUAAAGUAAAACACCGACUGCACAUUGCUUGCAGUACACCACUCUUAAGUUGCAGACUGGAGUGUUAUAAUAAGUAAUGUUGAAUGAUUGACACUAAAUUAUAUAUUGGCUACAGCAGUUAAGGAGUUCAGCAUUCUUGAUAAUAACGCUCAUUUUAGCCUCAGCAGCUUUCACUCUUGAUUCAGCCUGUGUUGUUUGGAGUGACUAAACAUACGAGUCGACGAUGAGCGCGGCAACUUCUUUGCUGAGUCUGUGCACUGCGAGUUGUGUCAAAGCAAUAACAAAGCACGUGCAAAAGCAAACGACACAAUGGGGGUGGGGUGAUAGAGAUUGAGGAACAGCUCAAAAGCAAACGCUCACAAACCUGCACACCUUUCCUUGAGCCUCAAGCACAACACACCGAAAGCACAGAGAAAUAGACAAGCAAUGAUUAAGAUGAAUUUUCUGCAUUUGCACUAGCAGGAGUGUUAAGCCAGCUGCACACCGAACGACGCGGCCGAACACCACUGAAAUGAUUUUCCCACUAGUUUACACGAGAGGCCACCCGUCGGUCACUAGUUUUGAAAUUUAAAUCCCAGGUAAACAGUGUCGCAAUGUCGCAGAUAAUGGCCAAUCAAAUAUGUCACAUCAUAUCACAUGAGCUUUCACAACAGAACUUAAGUUUCCAGGUAUGAAAUCACAUCCAGGCGGCAGCUGCACCAAUACAGUAUAUACGGUAUAUAUAUUCUGUUUUUCAAUAAUACUUAAUAGUCAUGAUUUCCUAUGUACUACCUUUGGCUUAAAAAGGCUUUAGUAAUGCACAAGUGCAGUCAAUGAAUGGAGCCAACAGCCUCUCAAAUAUGCACACCUUUAUUUCUCGCCCAAUUCCUGGCUUUAUAUUAUUAUAAUUUACAAUGGGAGGAAAAAUGAUGCUUCUUGACAGGACGUAUUUCUAACUUGAUGUGUGUUUUCUGGUGGCCAGAGCAGCUUUAAGCCACACUUCCAAUCUUUGUCAUUGAUUGGACUCCAGGUUGGCUCACACCUGACUCUGAUUAGCUCUUGGAGAAUCUGUAGCCUCGAGUUUCACUUACUUUUCCCUCUAUGUCGUGUGAAUGUUUACACGUUAUUUUUAAAAAUAAUAAUAAAAGAAAAUAUGAAAACAGAUAAUUGUUUCUUCGGUAUUAGUUUAAGCUUAAACUAUGUUUAUUUGUUUAAUUUAGAUGAAAAUCACACCACAUUUAAUGACCAAUUCAUGCAGAAAUUUAAGAACUUCCAAAGAGUUCACACACAUUUUACAUCCCACUGUGGCUGCAGCGGCCAGGGCCACCCACUUGACACUGACAACACGCGCCAUGUUGUUUGUAGUUCAAUGAAAAAUAAUGUACUGUAAAGUAUAAGUGGCGCCGCAAAACCUUGUUUCCAGAUUGCAAGACCAGGGGUCAGAAGUCUUUCCAUUGCAGCGAGUUAGUACAAAGUAUGUGCGAGGGUCAAUCAACUGGUGUGCUUGUGUGAGUUGCCGACUGUUAUUGUUUGGCCUUAGGCUUUUAGCAUGGAUAUUCAGAGAAUUAAAAAAAUGGUUUUGUCCAGUUUUCUUCUCUCUUAAAUACACAAAAAAAGGAUUCCUAUUAGACAGGUUACGAUGAAAUCAACCUUUGUUGUGUUGUUGUGUGGAGAAGGAGAAACACACACUGCGAAACAUCCACUAGGGAUAUUCAAUAAGUCGAGCAGUAAAAGGACUUGUGCCUGGGGAGGAUUGGGAGGUCUCAUUGUGAUCUUUAAUCACCAAAAUCUUAAGAAAUACUGGCAAGCGUCUGUGCUGCUACUCCACAGUGGCAACACAAGACUGAAAAGGGACCCAAUGUCAACACUCGAUAAGGAGGAAGCAUUGAAUAAUUGAUACCGCUGGAGGUGCACAUGGAAAGUUGGAAAUCUGACAUGACUGUUGACAUCCACACGUGCAUGAGGUGUACCAAUGCAGCAUCUUAAAUCAUCCACACAAUUAAAUGACCAAGGAGUAUAAGGGCCACAUGGGACACAAAAACGUAGCAAAACUAUACAAAGAAAUAAUAAUCACUUACUCUUGUAAUGACUUAUUGUUGUAUAAGUAAGUCUUCAGUGUCAUAAAAUUCUUUUCAUUGUAAAAUCAUGACUCUUGUACAAUUAUGAGCUCUAUCUAAUAUAACAAUUUCUAAAAUUAAGAUUAAAACGUUUUUCUUGUAAUAUGAUUUCAGGAUUUAUGACUAUUCUUGAUAAUUGGCUUUAUUAAUACAGCUUUUUAAAAUCAAAAUAAUUAGACUGUUUCCAGAAUAGUUAACUUUUUUUCCCUUUAUUCUCAUAAUAUUUUAAUCAUUCUCGUAUAUAUUUUUAUUUUUGGACACUAUACUCCUUUGUAAUUUAAUAUAUUUGUAGUCUGUAUAUAUUAAUUUCCGAGUGAACAGGAUCCCUCCUCAUUGUCAUUUAAAAAUACUGCAGCAGCAGUUUUAUGAUGUUAAAGUAAAACAGAAAGUAGUACAUAUAGGGGGAUGAAUCUUAAGGGCUCAAAUACCAAUAGUUAGAAGAUUAAUGUAUGGUAAAAAAAAUUAAUAAUCCUCCCCCCCCCCCCCCAUAAGAUCUAAUGGGGGUGGGGGGCUCUUGUCAGCAAUGUUUACAAGUUUGUAUAGCCUCCGUCUGUACAGUAUGCGCAUUGUUUUCACCAAUUGAGAAGUUUUGGCUUUCGGCUUCAGCACAUGACAAAAAAUAAGAAAAAAAAAAAUCGGAGGAGAUGUAUUGUUUUUUUGUGUCUUGUUCCUGUGAUGUUCUUCAUAUUUACUGACAACAAAUGCUAAUACUAUGUAGAAUUUCUCAAAGCAUAAACAGGAAGAGAACUGGUGAAGAAUAGCCCAGUUAUUGACCCCUGCAAUGUCCAGAGCCAAGGGAUUUCACAUAACUGCAGCAGAAUCAAUAAGCUAUUUGUGAGAUGAUUACUAUCCACUAGCAAGCUAAUCUUUUUAUAGAAAAACUAACUGGCUCAUUUUGUGUGUUCACUGUCUACUGCAUACAAAGAUAUAUGAGACUCAAUUUGAUAUUUUUUUAUGUCCAGACCAGUUUGUGCUAUUUAUGCAUAUGUGUAUAUGAAUACAUAUGGCCCUGACACUGGAUUUACAUGUGGCUAGUGAAGCAUAUUUUCUAAUGGCAGAAGCCCAUCUCCCACUAUUGUUUGCACAGUAGCUUAUAAUAUGCACCGUGAUGCCCCGUUGUCCUCUUACCAUUUACUGACUUUGAAUUCUGUGAAAUGAAGUUAUGAGAAAGAUGUAUUUUGGUACUAUUUGACUAUUGUUAGAAAAUGACAUAGCAGAUGUUUUGUCCCAAAAUAUAUUACCAUAGUGUUGCUAGGAUGAACUUUUUUGGUUUUGUUUUUCCUUUUUACAGGGGGAGGUUUCACAAGGAUAUUUUGGAUUCUUUUUGUUGUUGAUUUGCCAUCUGAAAACGUAUUACUAUUGCUCUAUAUACGACUUUCUUACGUGGCAAUAAAAAGAUGACUUCUGCAAAAAUC